GCCGGCGGGCAUUGGAUCUCGGCGGUGAUUGGUUGAUCGUAUCUGCAAGCCUCGCCAUGGUUGUGCAAGGCGCAGCUCUGGCAAUGCGCAGCUCUGGCAAUGCGUGUAAGCAGCUAUGGCGUUGCACAAUAUAAAGCUACAGCACCGUAUCGAUGACGCAGGCUUGCAAGCACCAGCCUGAUACUUUGUUCUAACGUUUUAUAAUGGAAGUCGCUGCAAGCGCCAUUGCUGUCAUCACGCUCGUUGGCAAUGUCAGCAACAUCUGUCUUCGAUUAUAUGGCAGUCUGGGGGCACGAGAAGAGCUGAAUCAGAUUGUCAAGGAGCUGGAUGGCCUUCGUCACGUUUUGACUGUAAUUACACAACUUACCGCUACCGACACAGGCUACGCGCAAGUAUGUUCGAAGUCAAGCUUGGCCAAGGUCAUCAAGGACUGCGAAGACGAAAUCAAGGAUCUCGAGGCUGAGCUGAAAAAGGUCGAGGAUUCCAAGUUGCCUGGCCUGUCGCUUCCAUGGUUACUGAAAGAGAAGGCGCUUGCCCGUCGGCUAGACAAGCUGACCCGCUUGAAGCAAGACCUGCAGCUCUCCAUGCAGACCGACCAAACAUCACUGCACUUGCAUACGCAUAGGGAAGACGAGGCCUUCCGGUCUUCGUUCGCAGAAAAAGAACGCGAAAACCAACGACGCCAAAUCAUCAACUGGCUGGAUCCCGCACCGUUUUCGUCCACGUGUAAUGACGCCCAGAAGACUCGAACCGCGGAUACGUUCACCUGGCUGCUGGAGAGCCCGUCGAUCACUGCAUGGAGAAACAAUCCGCACUCAAACAUUUGGCUGCACGGAAUUCCGGGAUGCGGGAAGACGGUAUUCGCUUCAUCAGUGGUGGAAACUUUGACAGCACAUUGCCAGCAGGAUCGAACCCGAACGCUGGCCUACUAUUUCUUUGAAUUCGGUUCUCGCGCAAAGGGCACUGCAGACAGCUUCCUCCGAUCGAUUCUCUCUCAGACUAUCGCUCAGAAUGAGGUGGUACCCAACGCAGUGCAGACGUUGUACACCGAAAGUUCUGGAGGGGUCCGAGGGCCUAGCGAAAAGAGGCUCCUGGAAGUGCUUCACGCGGUCUUGAACGCAUCUAAAGAUGUCUACUUAAUCGUUGACGCUGUUGAUGAGUCCGAGAAUAGAACAGAAAUACUGGGGAUUCUGCGGCAACUUGAACUUUGGGCGAUUCCUUCCCUUCACCUCAUGGCGACGAGUCGUAGCGAAGAAGAAUUCGAGAACUCUUUCCAGGGCUUCUGCCAAGUCAGUCUUGAGGGGAAAAUGCACAUUCGAGAUAUUCGAAAGUACACCAGACAGCGAAUGCAAGAUGGGAGGGCGUGGAGCAAAUGGCCCAUCAAUGUCCAAAAGGGGAUAGCCAAGGUGGUUGUGAGAAAGGCUGGGGACAUGUUCCGCCUUGCCAAACUCCACCUCGAUGCAUUGCAGAAAUGUAAGAACAUACACGCAUUGCGUCAGACCAUACCAAAGCUCCCUUCAACACUUGACGACACUUACGCACGGAUCCUGGCUAGUAUCGACUCGGAAGUUCGACCGGAUGCGCUACGAAUACUUGUUUGGCUAUGCUUUGCGCGACGCCCUCCAACUCUUCCCGAAUUGGCUGCAACUCUUGCGGUAGAUCUAGAAACACUCAAGUACAACCCCAUGCUGGAAUACCAAGACGCCAACGAAAUUUUUGGUAUUUGCGGUAGCCUGAUCAAACGUUCCCAGGAAGAUGGACGUCACGUGGUGAAGCUUUCGCACGCAUCCGUGAAAGAUUACCUUGUCUCUGGUAGGAUUGGUAGUGGGGACUUCGAAACACUGCCCAUGACUCCCAGCCUGGUCAAUCUGCAGAUGUGUACUAUCUGUCUCGUCUAUCUCAACGACCACAACUACGAGAACGAGGAUCAGGCUCGUAGUCGACACCAAUCUGACUCGCUCUUUGUGUAUGCGACCUUAUUUUGGCCUGAUCACUUUCGUCGUGCCGGCGAUCACCCGACUCUGUUACAGCAGGCACGGACUCUGCUACUUGGACACUCAUCGCGCUUUCUCCGAUGGUCAAAUAUCAUUAACUUGCCCCCAAGAUCUGUUCUAUUUAAGCAACUGGUCACGGACCCUGAUAGCUUGCAAAGCAGGUUGAAUGCCUGUUUGUAUCUCUCUGCCGGGAUUGGCAGUAUAAAGCUCAUUGAUGAUGCGCUCAAUGCAGGAGCCCAAGUUAAUGGAAGCUGUGGUUUGUUUGAGAGUGCUCUGGCGGUAGCCACGCUCAGUGGGGAGGUGGAAGCUGUGAAGCACUUACUGAACGCAGGCGCAGAUGUUGACCUCAGAAUUGGACAUUAUGGCUGCGUGAUACACUUAGCCUCCUGGAGUGGGCAAGUUGAACUGGUUGAUUGUUUCCUAUCUUCCGGAGCUGACCUGACUAUCUAUGGAGGCAUCCAUAGGUCAGCUUUGAUUGCAGCCGUGGAACGAGAACCUGUUAGUACGGCUCUCGUUAAACGCCUGCUCAUGGCUGGAGCAAAUCCAUCAGCAAGAGUAUAUAACAUGACACCUCUGAAUUUCGCUGUGUCCAAGAGAAGCAAGGCAUUGCUGGAGCUCUUGAUUGAAUCUGGGGCAGACUGCAAUGAUGGAUCGCUCCAAGUCGCCCAAAGAACGGGACAACUCGAGAUGGUGCAGAUAUUGAUCGACGCGGGAGCAGACCCGAACAUCGGCAUGAUCGAUGGUAUUAAUAUGAGAAUGGCCGCUAGACUGGGUGUAUCAGGCUUGCGCUUCGUGUUUGAAGACCUGGGGUACGGCAUCGACGCGGUAGAUGACGACGGACGGACUGCCCUUCACAUGGCUGCCUACACUGGGAAUACUGAAAGUAUUCAGUAUCUGCUAGGUCUGGGAUUCCAGUGCAACACAAAAGACAGGAAAGGGUGGUCUGCGGUGCACUAUGCGGCAAUGGCUUCGAAAGCUGACGGUCUGCGGUUGCUCCUUCCACUAUGGACGUUAGACACCCGUGGCUGGACGCCGCUACACCUAGCAUGUCAAGCAAACACGACCGAAGCCAUUGAUCUCCUACUCGAAGCAGGACUCCAACCGACGUCGAUAAGCACCAAACAGCCUCCGUGGAACUGGUCACUGUUUGACAUUGCAGCAUGGCACAGGAACUGGAAUCUCGUUUCGAGGACCAACAGUCCUUUACAUCCGGCUAUUCAUCAAGAUUCGAGACCCCCAACGCACAACCAGUUUAGGAUUGGCCGGAGUGGAAAGGUCAAUACGCGGAUCUGCGAUGGCUGCCAACCUUCCCCUAAAAUCACUACCAUCAGAAACGUCCAUAUGUUUCAUUGCAAAGAAUGCCCGGACUUUGACUACUGUAUGGUGUGUGUGGGAACAGCAGCACAGACACACCCUCAUUCAUCAUGGGAGCUAUUGCGAGACGCUCGGAUUGAAGUCGAUCUUUCGCAGGAUGAGAUGGCGCUUGCGGUCUUGCGAAACGAAGACCUCGCACAGCAGACCUCGUAAAGCGACAGGAUUUUCUCUGCGCCAGAUUGUGGUUUCGGAUUCUCAUACGGACGGCUGCAUCGAGUUCGAUCUUCUACGUCUCACAACUGCGCAUCACACCUCUAGAAUCCACAUAAACAUGGCGUAUUUGCAAGAAACUGUCAUACAUCAACGCAAUCCGCGCGCAAACCCUUCGUCUGUGCUCUCAGCAUACCGUCCUUCAUGUGUUGUCGAGUCUCGGCCUGACAACUAUUUCCAGCUCAUUGGAGACAAUGUUCAACUGGAGUUUCCGGUAGAUUAUCUGGGCGACUCGCUGCCUUAGGCUUUGUUAUACGGUCUACCGCGCCUGUGAGGUUCUGUCGAGCGGCUUCUUGUCUAGCUAAAAGUGUGUAGCUGGCUGUGUUGAGAAGAAUGGGUUUGGAAGAGCAUUAGA